AUGAGUGAAAAGGUUGACAUGCAAAGGCUGGAAAACGAGUUUGAGGAGAGGAAAAAAGAGUCUGGAAAAAAAGAAGUGUCUUUGCCUUGUGAGACGAAUUCUGCUUUCAAGAAGAGGAAGUCUAGUUUUUCACCUAUUGAAAGAGCAUUUGGAAUUGCAGCCAGAGACCAGUUGGAUCAAGAAAUCGCCAGAAUGUUGUACACCGGAGGUGUGGCUUUUAAUCUAGCAAGGAAUCCACAUUAUCAUAGGUCAUAUCAGUUUGCUGCUGCCACUAACAUUGAUGGUUAUGUGCCUCCUGGUUAUAACAAGUUGAGGACGACUUUGCUACAGAAAGAAAGAAACCAUGUUGAGAGUUUAUUAGUACCGCUUAAGUCAACAUGGAAUGAAAAAGGGGUGUCCAUUGUGUCAGAUGGUUGGAGUGAUCCUACAAGAAAGCCACUUAUUAAUUUUAUUAGUGUUUCAGGAAAUGCUCCUCUGUUUAUGAAAGCUGUGGAUUGUGCUAGGGAAGUGAAAGAUAAGUUCUUCAUCUCUAAUUUGAUGAAAGAAGUUAUAAAUGAAGUGGGUCAUCAAAAAAUUGUGCAAAUCAUCACUGACAAUGCAGCAAACUGUAAGGCGGCUGGAGAGAUUAUUGAGUGUACUUAUCCUCACAUUUAUUGGGCACCUUGUGUGGUACACACUCGUAAUCUUGCUUUAAAGAAUAUCUGUGCGGCAAGGAAUGUGGAAUCAAAUUCUGAAACAUAUGAUGCAUGCAAUUGGAUAACAAAUGUUCAUGGGGAUGCUCUUGCAAUCAAACAUUUUAUCAUGAACCACAACAUGAUACUAGCAAUAUUCAGUAAGUUCUCUCCUCUUAAGUUACUUGCAGUGGCUGAUACUCGUUUCGCUUCCAUUGUUGUGAUGCUUAAGAGAUUGAAGCUUAUCAAAACUGGCCUCCAGUCCAUGGUUAUAAGUGAGCAGUGGUCUACUUAUAGAGAUGAUGACAUAGGAAAAGCGAACUUUGAAGCGAACUUUGUUAAGGAGAAACUUUUGGAUGAUGACUGGUGGGACAAAGUCACUUAUAUUAUUGAUUUCACUAGGCCAAUCUAUGAUAUGAUUAGAUCUUGUGAUACCAAUAAACCAUGCCUUCACUUGGUAUAUGAGAUGUGGGAUUCCAUGAUUGAGAAGGUGAAAGCUGAGAUAUACAAGAAAGAAGGACUUCAAGGAUCUGAAUAUAGUCUCUUUUUUGAUGUUGUUUAUGAUAUCUUGGUGGCUCGUUGGGCAAAGAAUAACACUCCUCUACAUUGUUUAGCUCACUCUCUAAAUCCAAGAUUUUAUAGUGAAGCUUGGCUACUUGGAGAUGAAACCAGAAUUAGUCCUCAUAAGAUGCUGAAAUCUCAACUGAAAGGAUGA